AUGCAUGAAUAUAAUUAACGACCUUCAGAAAAACGCUUUAAAAAUAAAAAGAAGAGGAAGUCAGUGUCAAAACUCAAAAUUCAAAGUAUGUUCUGUUGUCAAAGUUAGCGAUUUAACGAUAUUUUCCCGGAAAUAUGAAAAGGAAUUCUCUGAAAUGUAAGAUAGGACCUUCGAUUUUGAACUCGGAUCUAUCACAGCUCUAUGCCGAAUCCCAGAGGCUCUUAGACAAUGGUGCCGAUUACCUUCAUUUGGACGUUAUGGAUGGUCACUUUGUACCCAACUUAACCUUUGGCCACCCAGUAGUAAAAUGCCUAAGAGGAAAAAUACCACAUGCCUUUUUCGAGACUCAUAUGAUGGUACAGAAUCCAGAGCAGUGGAUCGAACCUAUGGCUGAUGCAAGUGUAAAUCUGUACACAUUUCAUAUAGAACCUGUUUUAAAAGACGUCCUUCCACUAUGUCGAAAAGUUAGAGAGGCCGGAAUGAAAGUGGGUCUGGCUUUAAAACCAGGAACAGAUACUGAAGCUGUGAAGCAGUUUAUUGAUCAUGCAGACAUGAUUUUAAUCAUGACAGUUGAACCAGGUUUUGGGGGACAGAAAUUUAUGAAUGACAUGAUACCUAAGGUACAAUGGUUGAGGCACAAUUAUCCGUUACUAGAUAUCGAAGUUGAUGGUGGUGUAGGCUUAAAUACAAUCACUGCAUGUGCUGAGGCUGGUGCAAACAUGAUAGUGGCUGGUACAGCAAUCAUAGGGGCCCGUGAUCAGAAGUCUGUGAUUGAUAGUUUACGGGAGAUUGUAGAACGCUCAAUACAAAAAUGCAGUUGUAAAAUGUGAUAAAAGUAUCUCUAGGUAUACUUCUAUAGGUACACAUUAUUACACGUAAUUAUUCUGAAGAACUGAUAUUGUUAUAAAUAAAAUAAUUAUUUGCAAUCACUGUGAAAUCAUAAAAAGAAUGAUUUUAUUGGCUUCAGACUAUCAGUAAUUUUAAAGAAACAUUGUUAAGGAUAAUACAUUGUAAUGGAUAAUGGCUAUACAUUCCUAAUAAUCAAUUCAUUUCAAAUUGCGUGGCGGAAUUUUUAUAUUGUACAGGGUAUAAAUAAUAUACAAAUACACCCCCUAAAUGUGGGUGUUCUAUUUUAAAUUUAGUAUGGAUAUAUUUUUUUCUAAAGCCUAAAAUUUACAAAUGGGAAGUUUUACAGAUUUCAAAAUUCUGUUUUGUGAAUUUGUUUAUAAACAUUUUUUUUUAUUUUUGUAUUUUUUU